CACGAGAACUUAAAAUAGGUGAGGGCAGUAGGUAGAGAGGCGACUGUUGCAAGUGCGUUUAGGCCGUUCUCGCACAACUGGGUCGGUGUUUCAGUAGCGAGUGUUUACUGUGUACUCGUCGAAACCCUUAUUGAUCGUUUUGAGACGGUCAGUUUCGCGGUUACGGUGGCAGUGCGGGCGUUUUCGACAAGCCAAAACUUCUCGUUUUUCGAGUGCAAGCGCAAGUUUCAGCGCGUAGAAAUGUCGGAAGCGCUAACGAAUCAAUCGUGGAGGACCAUGAAUCACGAUCUAUAGGUUGUAAAUGUGGACCAAAGGUGAUGCUGCAGGGUCAGCUGUCUGACGCAGUGUCAUCUGUGCACACGAGUCAUCAUGGUCUCUCCCAUGACACCAGUGUUCACAGAGUCUCCGGAGGCUGUGGUGCCCCUGUACGAGGAGCCGCCUGGGAGCCUCGACGAACGGAGGGGUUCUUCAACCAGCAGCACGGAUGAUGUGCAUUGUUCUAUGACCCUCUUGGAGCGUCUCAUUCGCACCAGCAGCAUCUGGUUUCUGCCAGACGUGGGGCGCACAGGUGCCGUGCACUACUUGCAAGGCAAAGCAGUUGGGAACUUUAUAGUACGGCAGUCGAGCAAAAAAGGCACCCUAGCCCUGUCUGUGCGGCUACCUGUUGAUGCUGGGCCGUACAUCGAGCACUACCUCAUUGAAGCCACAGCCGAGGCCAAGCACUGCCUGGAAGGGUCCGAGAACCAUUUCGCCUCAAUACCCGUGCUGGUCAAUCACUACUGCCAGUGCUGUGACGAACUGCCUGUACAGCUGUGCCUGCCAACGGUUUUACUUGAGGCGACCACAAGGCAGGAGCUGUCUGCCCUGUCACUUUUGGGCCAAGAGUUGUGGGUGUCAAGCUUGCUCAAGUCGGCUCCGUCAAGCGCGGGGUCCAGCACGUCGUGCGCCUCCUCUCAGGUGUCUCCCAAUCCAGACCACAACGCCAACAUCCACGUGUCGAGCUUCAAGAAGAGCUUGCCUGUUAACUCCGUCGUCACCACCCCUCCAGUGGCGGCCACGAGGCCAAACUUUCUCGCGCUUCACAGUUCCACAGCCGACACCGGCGAAUUAGCAACUCAGGUUGCCGAUCCCCCUUCCCCACCCACGCAGAGUGAGGUCGCCCUCAUGUCCGAAGUGGCUGGCAGGUCAGCGUUCUACGUAGGUGUGGACUCAACCCAAAGUGCCGCACCUAGUAAGGCACCACCCAGCAAAGCCGUGCCUGACAAGGCGGCAUCUGUCAAGUCAGUGCCUGACAAGUCCGCAUCCAUCAAGUCAGCAUCUGUCAAGCCGUCACCCGUCAAGUCAGCAUCCGUCAAGCCUGCACCCAGUAAGACCAAGCCGCCUACUCCGGUGGAGGAGGAAAAGCCCCGGUGUCUUAUGAAACCGUCCCCGCGCAGGCGACGAAAACUCCCAGAGUCGUCGCCUGAAACCUACUACUCGAGUAGUCUUGCCGACAAAAUUAGCGACUAUGAGGACAUCUGGGGCACGGCCAACGGACGCGGCGGCGACAGUCCCGCUCCCGUACUCUCCACAUUCAAGCCGGAAGGCCUCGUGUGCCAGGCGACACAGACAGAGCUGCAUGGUGGAUCCAUGCCCGAGGGAAUUGAUGCUGCCGCGCAGACGCGGAACUUGUCUCGUUCCAUGCCCGGCAUGGUUAACGAUAAAACCCAGCCGGGCCAGUUUACCAGCCCCUUCUACAGUGAACCGGUGGACUCUCUGUUCCUCGUGGUGUCUGCACUCGAACCGCUGCAGAUCGACGAGCUGUCACCGUCUGCGUCGGCGCGCCGGGAACGACCCCUGAUGAGGCAUUCAGAACCUAACGUUCACUCUCUACGAAGCAGUACCCAUCGUUCUUCGGACCUGACGACUACGUUCGACGAAACGAACUCAUGCUCUUCGGACCACUUGCUGGCAGUGUCUGCGCCGGCUUUGCGUGGUAGCUCGGACGAUGGCCCUCCGAGCCGAUGUGGUCGGUCCUGGUCGGUAGACCCCUCGUGGAAGUGGCUUGUUUCGAGCGACGACGAGGAUAAUGGCAGCACCAUCGGGGACCUCAAGUUCCCUGUCGAGGAUGUUGAUGACUCCGACGCCGGUGGACUCGAGGAAAACGUGUCUACGGUAGAAGAGAUCAUUGGCAUCUCUGUGCCGGACUUGAGAGUGCCUCCAGUCCCUGCGUUGACGGAAGGCAACGUGCUGAGAGCAUCGCGUUACGACAACCUCGAUGCAGUGUCGGUAGCUGAGAGUGCAGCUACCGAUGGCAGCAGCAAGCACAACCACGGCGAAGACGACGCAUUAACCGAGUUCUGUGAGCCCUGGGACAGCCUGCGGUGGGAAAGGCUUCUGCGAUUGGUGGAGUCUUCUCCGGAUGCCCCAGAAAGCAAGGCGGAAGAGUCAAAGGUGUCCGUUGACUCUUUGGAGACGGCAUCGGCAGUCAGCGGCGAGGACUUGCUUCUUUCGGAGUGUCCGACCCUGGCAUUGGAGCACAAGCGGUCAAGCGGUUUUCAGGAGCACCUGGACAUGCUCAUGGCUUCGAGGAAGUUGGGAGGGCUGUACAAAAGGGACUCCACAGUGGGUGCCGAUGUUAAGAGCUAUAUAUUCAAAUUGGUGCAAGAGAGGAACACAACGUUUGCCAUGACGAUAGAAAACUUCAUCCAGUGCACACGUGAGAGCAGUGAAACAUCUCCUGCUGUGGUCAUGAGAAAUAUCCGGCAGUUCAUGAAUGGUAUGAAGAACUACCUGCUCAAGCAUGGAGAAGGCCAGUUUGAACAACUGGUACAAGAAGAACAGUCCAAGCUGAAGCCUGAUGAGUUCAUGAACAUUGAUGCAAUCAUUGAAGUGUCACUGCAUCGCUUGGUCAUCAAGCCUCUGCGGCGCUACCUGUACCAGCUUUUUGUCAAGCAAUACACACAGUCUGGUGCUUUGAAGCUGCUUUCUGAUAGCAUGAAGUAUGCCCGUACCAAGACAGCCCAGGAGCUUGGAAUAAAGAGUGACUUUGAGCCGCCACGGGCCGUCACGCUGGAGCUCGUUCAACAUUUCCUGGUCAAGUUGCAGAAGGCCUACUCGCCUUUGAGGAAGCUGGAGAACCUGCUGUCAGCCAUAUCCGUCAUAUACAGCAGCGUGCAGAGGGACCGCAAGUCGCAACCUGAGGGCGAGUCUUUUUCAUUGGGUGCUGAUGAUUUCCUGCCCAUCUUUCUGCACGUGCUGGUGCAAUGCGGCAUGGUGUCAGCCGAGGUGGAGGCCGACUACAUGUGGGGGCUGCUGCACCCUUCUCUGCUCACCGGUGAGGGAGGCUAUUACCUCACCACCUUGAGCAGCGCUGUGCACGUCCUAAAGUCCUUGAGAGAUGGUGAGGACGAGCCUUCUUCCACUGCUACUACUACUGCUGCUGCUGAUUCGGAGACUACACCUCUGCAGCCUACCCAGGGUUCUUCCAGCAAGGAGGCCUCUGCCCAGCCGCCGAUGUUUCGCUACCCUCGAAUGGCUGACCUCCAAGGCUUCAUGCAAAUUGUCAUCCCAGACGAACUCAGCGGCAGCAUCGUGGCAAAGACACUGCCCGUGCUGCCCCACAUGACUGCCAAGGAAGUCCGCAAGAUGAUCGCACACAAGUUCAGGGUCACAAAUCCCGAGGAUUAUGGCCUAUUCAAGCUAGUCAAAGGAGAAGAGACGCAGUUGACCGACAACGACUGUCCUCAGGCAAUCAAGGCUGACCUUCUCGCAAGCGGUGUGGACUGCCGCUUCGCCUACAAGCGCUACGAUGUCAAGUUUGUGUGGCCAUUCAGCGACAAGCCGGCUUGACCCGUCAAUCGCUCGACCAGGUCCGCUGUCCAUUGGAGUGCUUCCGAACAAAACUUGUUAGCAUUGCACAUUUCGCUAUUGUGGACUUACGAUGUGCUCGUGUCUUAUUCGGUGGUAGAUCACUUGGUUCGUGAAAGGAACAGUUUGCAGAAGAGUGCUGUAGACAUAAGUGUACAGGCUGCAGGAUUAUUCGUCCAUGUUCUGCAGUUACUGUGAUGCGUGAGUUUACCAUUCCUAUUUCAGAACCAAGCUGCAUGGAGAAUUGUUUUCGAGCUACGGGUGUACGACUUUUCAAAGGAAGCAAGGCACAACAGGCAUUCAGAACUAUGCUCCGUGUUGUUCCUUAGUGGAUUGAAUAGUUGCCCUCUGUGUUAGGCCAACACUCCAAAUCACAUCGUAUGACCUCGUAUGAACCGCUCAUAUGACAAAGGAGCUUGAGGACAGCCUGCACAGUUAAAUUCAUAAGUUUAAAUGCAUGGUACACAGCCAACUUCAGUGCCCGAACCCCACAGUGUUGUGAGCGGGCUUCAGUGUUGAGGCUAUGAUGUUUUAGUUGCAGAGUACGACACCUCUGCACAGGUGUAUAUUCGUUACGAAAAGAAAGUGCGGAAUAGCAUUUUAAACUCAAAUACAUAGUACUACCAUAUUGAGAUGAAAAUAUUAAUACAGGGUAUAUAUAGGCUUACGGUUCAAAUACUCAUUUGUAUGCUUAAAAGCAGUAAUAAAGGUAAAUCUUGAUUAGAUAACAAAACUGCAUAAAAGAGCACAUUGCUUCAUUACAUCGAAAUAGCAUAUAUUUUUGUGUAAAGACAACGAAACGGGCCACGCCUGCAGAAUGUGGGCCUUACUAACUCGUAAAAAGUGUAUAUUUAGCAGAAAUGAUCAUGGGCCGUAUUCCUCUUUCCAGAGCAUACACCUUCCCAUCCGUGAUAAAGCAGCGUGUGCCAAACUAUAUCCGUGUGGAUAUCGACUUGGCACAUGGAUGUAUAUCUUCGCUGCUUUCUGCAGUUGGCAGGAAGCUUGAAGACAAGCGUCGGCGCAUAAUAUCUUUCGCGGGCGUGUUCCACUACCAUGACUACUUUUUGGCAUCAACACAAGGGAGUUCUUAAAGCAAAGUUUCACAAAGAAAGCUGGAAUUGUGCAUGGCUGGUUCUUCGUGGCACAUGCAGGGUGUUUUUCUCUUUUGUAACCUAAAAGAUGAGCUGCUUCAUCUUGUUCUCUGUGGUCAUAGCUGCAUUGGUAAUAGUGGCGGCCACCUUUUAGAGUAGGUUGUGAUACUCGGCUGUCAUUGGACAUUAGUUUCAUUGACUUAACAUCUCAUUUUGUGUAAUAUUCACCUAUUUAGCCGACCUUACUGUUUUGUAAAAUAAUCAAGAAAUGCGGUUUUAUUAGUUUCGAAAAAAAGCAGUUACUCAGUGUGGUUGUAGCUUAGCAGCUGAAAGAAAAAAAAGGAAUCCGUUGUCGAGGACGUUAAACUUGCAUUGUUUAUUUUUAAGAGAAGCCCCUGGAAAAUUCGUCUAGCCAUACUACUUGAGCACAACUACUCAAAAAAGCACAGGGAAUGUCUUUUUGGCAGAACACAUACUGAAGAGAUGCUUCAAGAAAGAUACAUCAUGAUACAUUUGCUGCUUAAGCAUUUUUUUGGCCGCUUCAUCCAAACCUAUUUCAUCUCUAACCAUUGAAUCAAACAUUCUGGCUUCGCCCUUUGCUUGUACGGGCAGUGCUUCUUAUUAUCUGAACUGUGUAAUGGUUUCUGUGUCACGUUUAUUUCUAAAUUCUCGUUUAAGCUCACAGCUUGUCAGUCUUCUUCUAAUUGCAUUAUUUUAGUAUGUUCCACGUAGAAGAACCAGCCUUGAAAAUGUAGACAAAAUUCAUAAUUGCGUACCACUCUUCGUGAGAGGAUAUUGCGGUUGCUACCAAGACCACAUCGGAGCAAAUCUGGUAAUUUACAUAUAGUCUGUGUUGUUGCAUGGUACCGUCGUUUGCAGAAUUUCUUUAUAUGAAGUAAUGCAACCAUAUAUGCAGUUUUUCAUUUAGUUUUUGUGCCAGUGCUUUAAUAUCUGUACCUAAGUAGGUGUUCGAAAUUGGAUAGCACGAAAUCGACCAGGACUACGAAGGAACACAAAUGCACAGGACAGGCGCUACUCGCGACUAAGCUUUAUUCAGAAAAGUCUCCCUAGAUAUAUACACAGUCGAGUGGCGUGCGCAGGCGCAAUGCACAUGACAGUCAACAACGCUAAUCAGGAUCAGUAGAGCAAGACAUAUUCACAUCACAACCAAGUUUCUAAGAAUAGUUUUUCCUUACUGUGCAGCAAGAUUAUGAACCAACUAGCCCAGCAACGUAUUCUAUAAUGGAGAUGUCAUUACCUGUAAGUAGUGAAGGCCACUUUUCUUCUUCGACAUAAUGGUGCUCAGGACUGUCCAUACAGAUGCUCACAAUAAAAGCAACAAUCGGGAAAAAGUAGAAUGACAUCAAUUCUAAAUGUUCAUUAAACAAACAUAACCGGGCACAUGCAAACAAGGUCCUUCAUAAGUGGCACAUUCCAAGAACCACGUGUUGAGAGUAAUGCGCAUCUGAGUUACGGUUAGUGUGGGAUUGAUGGUGCAUGUUGCCCAAGAUGUUGCCAAUGUGUUCAUGCUUGUAAGUAAUGUCUAAGCUCUUUCUUUGUUGUUUCAAGCACCUUGAGGGAAAACGCCGCGAGUUGAAAUGACAUAGACGUGACAUUGUCAAAACAAACCUGUGUACUAUGUUCAAAUCGUACAAUUAUUCAGGGUAGGUGAGCUUGCGUGCAACAACGAAGUCGAGCCGCAGUUUUUCCCAAUGAAUGCUACAUGCUGCCACGCGAAUUCUCUUUUCUCUAAGACAGAUUGCGCGCUUAGAAUAGAAGAGUUGCCUGCAAGUGCUCAGUGUGUCUAACACUUUGCAUGUCUUGCCGUCUUUUGUGUAAAUAAAUGGACCUUGUAAGGCAGGGUGUGAAGCGGUUAUAAUUAACGGGACGAUGAGAAAAUGACAUACGUUCCUUACUGCGCUGGUGAUGGUUGUGUACACAAGGCUUAGCAAGGUAACAUUGUACAAACGUGACUGUUUCUGCGGCUGUUCACUCAAAUUAAGGUGUACUUUGCGGGCUGCAGAAACCUGACCAUCAAAUAAUGUAACUUGCUAUUAGACAAUAGUGUGCAGAAGCCUGGGAUUAGGGAACACCACAAACUGCGACGAAGCUAAAUGUCUGGAAAACAGUUCUGCCUACCACUCACCCCAUGAGAAGGUGCUAAAUUCGAGCCUUCACUCUGUGAAAAGGUGCUAGAUUGCUUUUGGAGCUACCAGUGUACCAUACCUGUCUUCUAUGGCAUACUUGAAUAGGGCGCUUAGGCGACAUGUCAAUCGAUGCUUUUUUCUAAUCAUGUCUAAUCAUACAUACUGCUAGUGUUCUGCCAAACUGGGUUCUUGCACAUUUAGAUGCUGGAGCUGACUUGAAAUAACUGGUAGUCCCUGUUUUGACACAUUCAUGUUCAGUUCACGGAUAUCUUCAAUCAAAUCACACUUAGCAUAAGUGAAAGUGUGUAUUCAGAAUAACUUCACAUCCUCCGGGUCUUUGUUCCGUGGAAUUACUCCCUGUUAAUUUGUAAAUGUCUUGCAGUGAGUUUUUUGUGGAAGUGCAUCACUUAUCUCCUUAGCAAAAAGUGUUGUUGGCUGGCUUUUUACGUUGCAUGUUAAACUAAAAAAAUUAUGCAACUGAUUAUUUACAUUUUGGCAUACUGUGUGCACCACUGUUACUAGAAGCAUAUUGUGUUUAUCAUGAAUACGUCUUUUAGACAGCCUCGAUUUGGUGAAGUAUGUGUGCAUAACAUCAAUAGCAAGCAUUGCUUUUGGUGAAUUGCUGACUCAAGAUUCUUUGCUGAACCUACUUGUGCAUAGUGGCCUGUAAACCAUGCAUUGCACUGUCUUGCUAGGUGUGUAGAUAGCAGUGUGCUGGCAUUGCUCUAGAGUUGCAGAUUAACGGUAAUUGUGUAUGUACCAUGGACUAGCUGUUCUCAACAGUACUUGCCACAUUUAAGCUCUAGUGGCUAGGAUCGUAAAGAAGUGCAAGCCAGAAACAAAUGUUUUUGCUAAAUGUUUGUAUGAAAAUACAACUACUGAAAAUAUGAUACCAUGCAGAAGUUAUGACUGACAACCGGUGCCUCAAAGUCAUUGUCCAGAUUGUGGCUCCAUCCAAAGAUUGCUGCCAAGCACAGGAUUAUGGUAUAGAAAUGGAAGUGUGAAAUCAGAGGACAGUGGCAAAGCAACAGAGCUGUAUUUUUAUGGAUUAUAAUUCAGUGCCUUUUUACUGUGCACACUUCAUAAAAAGUUGACUGGAGAGCCGCACCCCGUCCAUUUGCACGAUCAGUUCACUGGUGUGCCUUUGGUUGCAGGGGAACACAUUUUGAGUCUGAAUUCACAAAAUGCCUACAAAUUUGGGUGAAGAGACCUUGAAGAGACAACAAAAAUGAUGACAAUGUCCUAUAGUGCCUUCCUGUGUUAGCAAGGUAUCGAGUGAGAUAACUGAUCUAAGUGAAAUGCCAAGAGCAGUCAGUUGAAGAGUGCAUUCUGCCCAUGGCACAGUAAACUUUGUAGGGCAAAUCAGUUCUGCAAAAGUCUGUAAUGUGUCAAAACGUCCAUAAAAAGGAAUUGUGGUCUACUCAUUUAUAGCAUGAAGCUACAAGGAAAUCCAUAUGGAUGUCUUGUAAAGUGCUUCCAAGUUGAUGAAAAAUUCUUGACCAGCAUGAAUUUUUCAUCAACUGGGAAGCACUAUUCCUGAAAUAUGCAUAUCCACAUUGUUUCAUGCUCCAAACGAGUUGAUAACAGUUUUUUUCUGUCAUUUGUGAACGUUAUCCUUUCAAAAGCAAGUGCAAUGCAUACCUGCCAAGGUUCCCGGUUUUCUCGCAACUUUCCGCAACUUUCUCGCAGCGUAUUGCAACAGAAUCCUUGACAAGUUUAACAAACUGAUGUAAGACAUGGAAAUAUGAGUGGUCAUGUAGAGCAUCGUGGUGUUCUUUUUUCCUGGAAUGCGAGUGUGAUUUCGAUCUACGUAUUUAGUGGAAUUAACGAAGUUUGGCAGGGAACACAGAAUAUUGCAGUUCUCGUCAAUAAAUAUUAUCAGCAACAUGUAAUGCGUUGGAAAUUGGAGCUGUUUGCAUGUGCCCAUUCCAUACAUGGUGUAAUGGGCAACCUCAAGUUAUGUCUCUGGUACUAUAAGAUGUGAAUUCAGUUUGAUGAGCUGUCAUUGUUUUACUACAGUGAAAAGAUGUGCAAUGUUCAUUCUGUGCAUAUCUGUGGCACCCAACGAUUUGAUUGACAGUGAUAGUUUUUGAAAGUUGUGCUUUUGAAGUGUGCGCGAAGGGGGUCAUUUGUUUAUCGCUGUGCUUCUACUCGACAAAACUGGUCCCUGCAUUUUGUAUCGCUUGAGCGCUACUACACUGACUGUGGUGGAAGGAGCGUAUGUCCCAUUAGAGAAAUAUUUUAUUGUACGAAAUGGUCGUAUAUAGAGUGAAGUAUUUGAACUACUGCCACUUAUCUGUGUAAGCAGGCAGAAGACACAUUAUGCAAGCUUGUUGUUCUUGGCAUCUGUCUAUGCAAUUUGCCUUUUGUGUUUGGUGAUCAGACUUCAUAGAUUUAAGGUUGAAAGAGCGAAGGAAAAUUUGGGGAGGGCUAUUCUGUCAUAGAGUUGUAGAUCUGGAGGCUUGUGACUUAUCGACCACUGCAGCGUGCAAAAAAUAAUGUUGAUCUCUUUUUAGGCGUGAUAGUUGGAGCUAUCUGUGUGCAUCCAAGCAGGUGCCAAACAUUUCCAAUGUAACAAAACAGUGCUGCAUUUUCACUCUGUCUUGGCAGACUGCGUAACGACUGUCCCGUGAAGCUAACUGCAUGAUUUGUUUGUAAACUGGCCGGCGCUGAUGGCCUCUAGAUGUUUGAUAUAGUCGACGGGAAAACAUCUGCAUACCUUUGCCAACGUCCGUUUGAGAAGAUUACAUUGCUUGUAGGAUUCUGUGUCAGUGCCUGCGCUUUUGGGUGUGUAAUUAUGAACCUUUCUUGAUGAAGCUUGGUCCAAGACACGAUAAUGAAAUUGGGACAGUGCUUGUCACUGUUCGGAUAGUACGUAUGAAACUGGGAUAUGUUCCGUUUACUUCAGCGCGUCUGGUAACUUUGUUCACCUGCAACUGCUAACCGUCCUGCUGGCCAUGGCGUAUUCCGUUCUGUGAUUUCAUAUUUUAUUGCAAGCUGUUUUAGUGUAAAAAUUGCACUGGUGAUCUCUUCAGGUGUAUCACUAUUCUGUUCUAUGUUUUCACGCUUAGAAGCGGUGCAUGUAAUUAAAUAAGCGUACUCGUGAAUACUCUAGCUACUGCACAGAUGUAUAGGCUGCCUUCUUGGUGUCAACGUUUUCUGUGAUCGACAAAAGCCUAGUAUGUGAGGUUGUCCCUCGCACGUGACAUUUUCUUUAGCCUAUGCAAAGUUUUAGGUAUACAAGAGUACAUGACACUAUUUUUACAGCUUUUCCACGUUUUCUUGUAGCUUGCUUCUUUCAUGUGACUGCCACGUUUGCUGCUGGUAUGCUGCCGCAUCUUUUAAAAAAAUUUUUGUGAGCAAGGUUUAUCACGAGCUCUUCAUAGAAUUUACGUGACUCCCGCUGCCUUGCAUUUUGUGAAUUUGUUUUGACAGCGGCGUAUGUAUCCCUCUCGUUUUGACUGCUGCGACUGCGGUGUAUUGGCAGUAAUUUUUUUUUGGCAGUGGUGUUCUUGUUUGCAGGCGAACAAGCUAAGGUUACAACGAAUAUAUUGGUGGGCAUCACUUAAAUGCCUGAAUAAACUUCCUCAGGCAAAA